ACAGUGUCUAAUCAGCAGUAGACUGCAGCUGGGCAAAACUGAAACAGGGCGCUGUUACCACCUCUCCCUCGGGGAACUCUACCUUUGAGAUGGAACUUAUAUGAAUCAACCCUACCAUCAGUCAGUUCCGCCUACGUACGUUUUCCCCAGAGUUAUUCAUGGUAAAAUCAGAAAGCAAUGCCUCCCCUGUUUCUCUCACUUUAUUUCUUUCACAUCUGCCCAUUUAUUCUUUGACAAGGCACAGAAUCGGAAGAGGAGUUGUAAAUUUAAUAACCACAUCGACAUGUUUCCAUCCAUUGCUCUGUUUCCCUCAUCUUUUUGCAUGCUGAUUCUUCCAACUUAGCAGCCACAACUGACAAAUUUCGGGAAAGAUAAUGAGUAGAAGGAAAAUUGGGCACAUGCUUGAUCAUUUGAUUUCUACCCCUUUAUCUAUCGCCGAUCCUUUUGAUUUUGUCCCUAUACAUUGGUAACUCUCAUCGUUAUCUUCCUUAUCAUCGAUCUCUUGCAAGGUGGGGUCCCUCUGCUCGAUCGCUCUUUUCAUUUAUUGUAUCUAGCAACCCCUUCUGCACUCCUAUACUCCUAUAUAUACUCAUACCCAAAUUACAUUCUUCUCAAUCCGCAUCUCAACAAGUCUUAUCUUUAAUUCAUGGCAGAUCCCCGGACUCUGUUCCUGUCCCUUCUCCUCACUGCUCUGUUUCUCGCUUCAGGCAUUGCAGCUCAGGGUCCACCUUCCCCUGGCUACUUCCCAAGUUCCAAAUUCCCUUCUCUCGACUUCCCUCAGGCCUUCAGUAACCGCUGGGGUCUUCAGCAUCAAACUUUAGACCAUGGCACAUUGACCAUCUGGCUAGACACCAGCUCAGGAAGUGGGUUCAAGUCUCAUGAUUCAUACGCUUCAGGAUACUUCAGCGCAGCCAUCAAGCUCCAACCUGGUUACACUGCAGGAGUGAUUACGUCCUUCUAUCUUUCGAACAAUGAAGCACACCCGGGAGACCAUGAUGAAGUGGACAUUGAGUUCUUAGGGACAACGUUCGACAAGCCCUACACUCUGCAGACCAAUGUGUACGUGAGAGGGAGUGGAGACGACGGCCGGAGAAUAGGAAGAGAGAUGAGGUUCCACCUCUGGUUCGAUCCGACUCAAGAUUUUCACAAUUAUGCUGUGCUGUGGUCCCCCAAUGAGAUCAUAUUCUUAGUGGACGACGUGCCUAUCCGGCGGUACCCCAAGAAGAGUGAUGCGACGUUUCCGACGAGGCCAAUGUGGGUUUACGGGUCGAUUUGGGACGCCUCGUCGUGGGCCACCGAGGACGGCAAGUACAAGGCCGAUUACAGGUACCAACCCUUCGUGGGGAGCUACAGGAAUUUCAAGGUGAGUGGGUGCGCCGGCUGGGGGUCGUGCCAGCCGCCGACGGUAUCGCCGUCGUGGUCCGGCGGAUUGAGCCAGCAGCAGUACCGGGCCAUGGACUGGGUGCGCAGGAACUGCAUGGCGUAUGACUACUGUAGUGACUCGAGGAGGGACCAUUCCCUUACACCUGAGUGCUAGAGUGUUGGGUCGGGUAGGACCCGACCCAUGCAUAACUGCAUAUACGUACGUCUAUUUAGUAAGUUGCCCAAUUAUUAUUACUGCCUUUGCUCGCCUUAAAAAGAAAUGUAAUAAAGAAAGAGAGGAAAAGAAAAAAGUGGGCUUGGGUUCGUGCAUGGAGGCGUCUUGAGAUGGAUCCACUUGCAGAAAAACAGAUGCAAUGGUGGCUAGGCGUCCAAGCCUCCAAGAAUUAAAGAUUCAAGGGGAAAAAAAAUAUUGCUCUGGCAGUGUGUGUUUGUGAGAGAGAGAGAGAGAGAGGUCCCAAAGUGUUUGCAAUGUUGUGUAAUAAAAUUUGCCUUUUCUAAAUAAUAAAACAGAGUGGUGGUUGUCUUGCAA